AUGUUGCAAAUAUCAAAGAGAGAGACACAAAAAAAAUUAAUAUAUUUAAAAAGCAGUAAUGAUACCAAUCGGAAGAUAUCAGAUACGAGAAUUGGGAAAGUUCUUGACGUGAUGUUUUGGGAUGACAUGAAAAUGGCGCAACUAUUUUCCGCUUACCACAUAGGCUAUUGUAUAUGUUUUCCCAUAUUUCAUAAUAUUGGCGAUAGGUUGGGACCCACGUGGGUAGUAGGAAUUGCUGGCAUGGUAUCGGGCAUAUUAAACUGUCUUACCCCCGCGUCUGCUUACUACGAUUUCUGGUCGAUGUUCUUUGUACGCGUCAUAAAAGGAUUUUGCGCGGCGAAGUCUCGGGCACCAGCUAAUAGUAUA